CACCACUGAAAGGCUGCCUUAUUUUCCGACACCUAUUUGUUUAGUGAUUUCUUCCAUCUUACACGAUGCCAGAAACAGCUGGAAAGCCUAUUACAUGCCGCGCUGCUGUAGCUUGGGAAGCCAACACACCUCUUGUCAUAGAAACCAUCGAGGUGGCUCCACCUAACGUUGGAGAAGUACGCGUCAAGCUCGUGGCCGCUGGUGUAUGUCACUCAGACGAAAAUUUCCGGAAGGGACAUUCAGACGACGUUUUCCCAGGAGUGUUUGGUCACGAAGCAAGUGGGAUUAUUGAAAGCAUUGGUGAAGGAGUCAGAUCAGUGAAGCCUGGUGAUCAUGUGAUACCGCUGCUCCUUGCUCAAUGCGGGGAGUGUGCAUUUUGCAAGAACUCAAGGACUAAUUUUUGUGUCAGGGGAGUGCGCAUUAGAGGUGAGAUGCUUGAUGGUACAAAACGGUCCACGUCCCGAGGGAAACCGCUAUGUCAGCUUCUGGGAGUCGGCGCAUUUAGCGAAUACGCUGUCCUCCCAGAAAUAGCUGUUGCCAAGGUGUGUGUUGAGCCUGGGUCAAGCACAGCUGUGUGGGGACUGGGUGGAGUUGGACUUUCCGCAGUGAUGGGAUGUAAGGCUGCUGGGGCCACGAGAAUUAUUGGCAUUGAUAUUAAACCGGAGAAAUUCCAACUUGCUAAAGAACUUGGUUGCACUGAAUGCGUCAACCCUAAAGAUCAUGACAAGCCUAUACAACAGGUCUUGAAAGAAAUGACUGAAGGAGGAGUGAAUUACUCAGUUGAAUGUGUUGGAAACGUUGAAACAAUGAGGGCUGCAUUCGAAGCGAGUCACCCUAUCCUUGGUACAACUGUGCUUGUUGGAAUAGCUCCUCAAGGUGAAGAACUUAAAAUAAAUCCAAGAGAUUGUUUUUUUGGAAGAACCAUUAUAGGAACUCUUUGUGGAGGAUUUAAAGGAAAGGAUGGUAUUACACAGCUUUCAGAGAAAUAUAUGGCUGGAACAUUGAAACUGGAUAAAAUCAUAUCUCACACUAUGCCGCUGGACAAAAUAAAUGAGGCGUUUGAUCUCAUGCAUGCUGGCAAAAGCAUCCGCACAGUAAUUCACUUUUAGGGUAUAUUUACGUAAACAUGCAGGAACUGCAGUGUAUGGUUGACGCAUGAAUCCUUUGCAAACUGCUGAUAUUUUCAAUGGCCGGGAAACAGUGUAUAUGCGUUAAUCGUUAAACGUGAGGUCAAGAUGGCUGGAUAGUGGCCAAGUCUUGUUUUUUCUGCUUUUUUAUCAACUGAGACAAAGUCGAGGUCCAUAAGAACAAACAAAAACAAAAAAGAAAAAAAGAAAAGAACGAGGCCAAUAUCAAACCAUCUUGACCGAUCAAGCUUGGUCAGAAAAGUGUACAUUAUGUUGCAAAAAGAUUUGCUUUAACAUGAAUCAAGACUGACUAGUUUAUUCCGAUAGCCGGGUAAGAAACCAAUCGGCUUUGUUUGAAGAUCGUACGCUCGCUAGGGACUCUUGUCCUUGUGCAGUCUUCUU